AUGGCGGCGCCGGCGGGGCCGGUGUUCUGGAGGCGCCUGCUCGGCCUCCUGCCGGGCCGCCCGGGCCUGGCGGCGCUCCUGGGGCGCCUGUCCGACCGCCUGGGCCGGAACCGGGACCGCCGGCGCCGGAGAUCCCCCAUUCUGUCACCCCUGCUGUCCCCUACAGUCCCUCAGGUCACCUUCCCGCCCUGCUGCCUGUGCCCCGAGGCCGGGCAUCACUUCCAGUGGCUCCGGAACCUGGUCCCCGAGUUCAGCGUCUCCAGCUCGAACGUUCAGGUGCUCUCCUCCCCCGCUGAGUUCUUUGAGCUCAUGAAGGGGCAGAUCAAGGUGGCCAAGAGGCGAAUAGUGAUGGCGUCGCUGUACCUGGGCACGGGGCCCCUAGAGCAGGAGCUGGUGGACUGUCUGGAGAAUGCCCUGGAGAAGUCGCUCCAGGCGCCGGAACUGCAGGUCUCCAUCCUGCUGGACUUCACGCGUGGCUCCAGAGGGCGAAAGAACUCUCGCACAAUGCUGCUUCCGCUCUUGCGACGCUUCCCAGACCGGGUGCGGGUCUCACUCUUCCACACUCCACAUCUUCGCGGGCUGCUGCGGCUGUUGCUCCCCGAACGCUUCAACGAGACCAUCGGGCUGCAGCAUAUCAAGGCCUACGUGUUCGACGGCAGCCUUGUGCUCAGUGGGGCCAACCUGAGCGACUCCUACUUCACCAACCGCCAGGACCGCUAUGUCUUCCUGCGGGACUGCCCUGAGGUGGCCGACUUCUUCUCGGAGCUGGUGGGCGCUGUGGGCGACGUGUCCCUGCAGUUGCAGGCCAACGACACUGUGCAGGUGGUGGAGGGCAUGGUGCACCCCUACCUAGGUGACCAGGCCGCGUACUGCGAGGCGGCACAUAAGCGGGUGAUGGGCGUGAUCCACUCGGCCCGUGCCCGCCAGCAGCAGCUGCACGCGCAAACGUGCCACGGGGCUGAGGCCGGCGACGGCGACCGGAGACCCAGCCCGGACACGUGGAUCUACCCGCUGAUCCAGAUGCGGCCCUUCGCCAUCCGUACAGAUGAGCUGGUCACCGCAAGCCUGCUGACAGUGGCGGAGCAUGGGGCGCGCAUCUGCCUCACCACCGGCUACUUCAACCUCACCCAGGCUUACAUGGACUUGGUGCUGGGCACUCGGGCCGAGUACCGCAUCCUGCUGGCCUCUCCCGAGGUGAACGGCUUCUUCGGGGCCAAGGGCGUGGCGGGCGCCAUCCCAGCUGCCUAUGUGCACAUCGAGCGGCAGUUCUACCAUGCCGUGUGCCGCCUGGGCCAGCAGGACCGUGUUCAGCUGCAGGAGUACCAGCAUCCGGGCUGGACCUUCCACGCCAAAGGCCUCUGGCUCUACAUGCCGGGGAGCAGCCUGCCGUGCCUCACGCUGAUUGGCUCUCCUAAUUUUGGAUACAGGUCGGUUCACCGGGACCUGGAGGCCCAGAUCGCCAUUGUCACGGAGAGCCCCGCCCUGCAGCGGGAGCUGCACCAGGAGCAGGAGCGCUUGUACCUGAGGUCGGAGCUGGUGUCGGCUGCUACCUUUGAGCAGCCUGGCCGGCAAGUGAAGCUGUGGGUGAAGCUGGUCACGCCACUCAUCAAGAACUUCUUCUGAAGUCCUAGGGAUGGCCCGGAUGAAGAUGACCGGCACGGCAGGCGUCAGCUCCUUCAGUCGUGCCUCCGCGAUCACGCCGCUCUGCACGUCCCAGCGAGCGCCUGUGGGGACAGCGAGGGUCAAGGCACCCGGACUAGAUGCGACACGAGGGACCCACUCGAGGGACACAUGGGACCGUCGACUGUGCCAGGCCCACCCCUCACCGUAUCUCCACCUCCACAAUCAACUGCACUGUGUCUUGGCAGGGGGGUUGCCCGCUCCCCAGGGGCACAGGCAGCCCCCACUAAGCAUGUUCUGUUGGCACCCAGCCCCUUGCCCAGCUGCUGCUUCCUGCCUGUGAUUCCAAAUAAACGUGGAGACUGGC